AGGUCAUUGUACUCGAUUUGGUAUCGUCUCUUUCUCGCAGACAUUUUUUACAGUAAGCGAAAAUUUGAAGCGUCAGCAUAUUGGUAACUUGGUUGCAAAGCUCCCUGCGAUAGUUCUAUCAAAUCAUUUGAAGUGAAAACCAGUUUUGAGCGCGAUAAGAAAAACAUUCCCUGUCAGCCAUUUCUAUUUUGGCCAUAAACUCGAAAUUCGGCCCGUUCAUUGGUUCCUGACUACCUGUCUCUAUCUCGCUCUCACGUGCACACGUGCUCACCGUUUGCUGUAUUAACCCCGUCGACAGCCCGCCCCUUUAACUUACUACACCGCGCUGAGAUAAGGAUGGCCCCCAAGAAGCAUAGUGGGUUCAUGAUGUUUGUGAACGAGUGGCGAAACCAAUCUGCCGAGGGUCGCCGAAUGACGAUAGCACAGGCUGUCUCACACUGCGGCUCCAUUUGGGAGAAAAUGACACUCCAGCAGCGGGGACCAUACAACUCCGGCGCCAAAGACGCCGACGUGCUGGAACGUGCCAAGCGGGAUAGGCUCAACUGCUAUGGCCAGGGAUUGGCCCAAGUGGAUCAGGCCCAAAAGGAGGCCGCUGAAAGCUUGGUACACAUGAAACGCACUACUGAGCGCAUCGUAAUGGACGCUAAGAAGUCACAUGACCUGGAGAACACUAAGUUUAUCUUCGCCGCAUUCAAUUAUUUCACCAAGGCUUUAAGCUCCGACGUAUAUGUGCCCGCCGAAUUCGCUGCCUGCGUCUACUCGCUAAAAGAAGGAAUCAGCUCGAUUUACAGCUCGCUCAUAGACCCCGGCCAGAUCAUCUUCGGCCAGGGCAGCGAUGCCCAGCACCACUCGUCAACCACUCACAACUUGCCCUUGCCGCCGAAUGCGCUGGGGGAGAAGAACUUGGCCGAGCUGUACAGAAACAUUGUCGAUUACUUGACCAAGUACCAGGAUGACAAGCAGCUCAUCGUCUUUACACCCUCAGAAAAUAUAGCCAUGGUCAAAUCUUGCUUUCGGUACUUGGCCUGUGAGGAUGAGGAAGGCUCGAGAGAUGGAGUACAGAAGAUUCAGGUGUUCGACAUCCAGUACCUAUUAUUCGUAUUAAAGAAGGAAGUCUUGGAUAUCGCUGGUUUGCCUGAUGAUAAUAUCAACAAAUUUGUGACUGAUGCCUUUUUUAAAAGAGAUUUCUUUGAAUUUACGCCUGAAAUCUCAUGUCAGUACCACGAGGAGAACGACCGCACUAAGUACUGCACCCAGAGUAUGGUGACUAGAUGGGCGUACACCUUCAGCGAUUUUAUGUGCGGCGACCUGGCCAUUACCGUCCAACCAGGAAAGCACAUUCCUCCCAAAACAAAACAAAACUACCGAAUCGUUCAAUCGGAUGGCUCUUCAAUCGCCCAGGAGUCAUCAUUUGACUCGUUUUACUCAGUCCCAGGAUCACGGGUCAAGAAAGAGGACAUAUCACGGGACACCUCGCCCACUACCAGCCGGCACUCGGCCUCAUCAAGCUCCUACAUUCCUACCGACCACACCUCCUUUACCGCCGAUUUGAACGAAGCAGCUGAAUUUCCCAGCCUUGGUCAGCGUAAUCGGAGCCGCAAACCAGCAGCAAGUGGGAACUCACGACCUCUCCAGAAAUUAACUGACAACGACUUCAGGCUCUAAAACCUAUUUCAAUGUUUUGAAAAUGAUUAUGAUUUAAAUACAUAUAUGCUUAGUUAAACAAGCCUUUAAUAAUAAGUCCUGUGGGUCACAUUUGGUAAAAGUGUUUAUUAUGACAAAUGUUUUGAUCUUUCAGUAAAACUUCGUGUUUGAUUUGAUUAAUAUUAAAUAUUUGAAAAAAAAAUUCAUUU